AUGGGCGAUGAUCUGGCAAUGGAGGAGAGAAUGGCGAAGUCGCAGUUGCCUCGACCCCGGGCGCUCGCGUCUCCGCUUCCGGUGUCAGCGGACGUAUUGCUUCACAAUGGAGUAUCAUUUGCAUCUUUGAAAGACCCUUCCGCAGUGACACUUCCCGCCUUCGAGAAGGAGGUUCCGGAGACCAUGGGCUCCUUCGUUCGGAUUUCUUCGACUCCUUCGACUUCCAUCGACUUCCAUCGGUCCUGGAUCAAACGGCAGGAGGAGCUCCUGGGCGUUCGCUACGUCCCCGUGAUGGUCCAGCCUCAUCCGAUUUGGGCACCUGGGCUUCGGACCCUCGCGCAGGCCACAGGAGGUGCCUUUUAUCCCAACGCAGCUUGGACCAAGGAUGGUGUGAAGAUGAGGCUCAAUGUGGCCUCGCAUCCCAUCUUUAUGACCGGCCUCGACAGCGUCUUCCACGUGCGUGGCCGCCACGAUACGGUCAAGCUCGUUUGCCUGCAGCUGUUUGCGCCUGGCGCGGGGGGGGAAGUUCAGUGCACUACCUGGUGCAACCCCCUCAGCAUGCCCGAGCCCGAGCCCUUGAUUCUCCCCGAGCGCAGCCCUGACCGUGCUUUGAAGGGCCUCAUCCUCAAGGUCCUUCGGCGCCUCACCGGCCCCUCCACCGUGGCCUCGGCCUUCAGCGCCGAGCCCCCCGCGGGUUCCUCCGCGCCGGCGGGUUCCUCCGCGGGUUCGGCCGAGCCGGUGGGGCCGGUGGCGGCCACGUGGCAGAUGUGUUUGCGCGUCUUGGGCGUGGACCGCCGGCUGCAGACCCGAGCUGAGAUGUUACAUCAAGCCCUCAUCGACCUGGCUUUGACCAAGGAGCAGCAAGAGGUCUUCGAGCGAGUGCUCGCCUGCAACCUGCGCUUCUACCAGAUCGCCGUGGAGGGCAGCUUGGACGGUCGACCCCCCUGGCGGCGUCACGUGGCCUUGAACAUGGCGUUGCUUCGGGUGCUGCACCGACACCUGGCCGCGCAACGCGUGACCCAAGCCUUCGAGGACCCGCCACAGAAGUACCUCAGCCGUGGGGAAGCCAAGGAAGCUUUGAAGUACUGCAAAUGGACCGUGGCUCUGUAUGGUGGUGAAGAAGAAGAGAAGGCGGAAACCGAAGAGGAGCGCUUGCGGCCGGUGCUGGCGAUGUUGGGCGGAAGUUUGGAGGUCUUGUGCUCGGACAUGGACAACGACAAGCAGAUCAACGAUCCGCUUUGUCCUCGCUUCCUGCUGGCCUUGGAUGAAGUGAAUGACGAGCUGAUCUUGUGCAUCCGAGGGACCCAAACCCUCUCCGACCUCUUCGCCGACCUCAUCGGCGACACGGAAGCCUUCCUAGGUGGCCAGGCGCACGCGGGGAUCCUGCACUCGGCCCAACGGGUCUUUACGAAGAUCUUGGAGCCUCUGAAGCGAGGCUUGACGCAGCUGUCUUCCAAAUCGCCGCGCCUAGUCUUGGUUGGCCAUUCCCUGGGCGCUGGCGUGUGUCAAUUGCUGGCCAUGCUGCUGCGGAGCAAGGGAAGCGCUCACUGGACCUUGCCAGAGGCGAUCCCGUUGCGCUGCUUCCUGUUCGCGCCGCCACCAGUCUUUGGGCGAGAGCCGCCGGUGUCGCGCUGGGUGUCGCUGCAGCGCCUCUUCUCGGGGCCGGGACAGAAGGCCUUCGAAGAGGUGCAGCAAGCAUCGGUGGCAUUUGCGAUCAACUUCGAUAUCAUCCCUCGGACCUCCUUGCACAAUGGCUACAAGCUCUUCCAGGAGGCCCGGCUCCUGGACGACGCGGUGACCUGGCGGAAGGCCGAGGUGCUGCGGCGCAUCUCCCAGAGCGACGAUAAGGCUCAGGUGGCUUUGGCCACGGAACUGCAAGAGCUCAUGCAUCUGCUCGCCCAGAGAAGAGCUGCGCCUGGGAAUCCGUACCCGGCACAGCACGCAGUGGCCAAACACCUUUUCCCCCUCAUGCUGGUCCCAGGUGGGACCUCCGUCUUCCAGCACAGGAGGUCAACAGAUCCAGGUGAGGCGCCACCGGAAGCCGCGGAAGCGGCGCCCGUCAACCCCCGCGAGCGUGGCGGUUGGCUGCAGAAACGCUCCGAGCACUUGAAGCAGUGGCGGCACCGCUUCGCUUGGAUCGAGGGCGGAGAGCUACGCUUCGCCGCCAAGCCGGAGGAUCCAGUGAGAUCCUUCGUGAAGUUGACUGCAGAUUGCACCUCCGUGAUGGUGCUGGGAGAUCCUGGUGACACCGGUGGCGACAGCUCACGCCGUCGCGCCGCCGUGCUCCAUCGCGGGUCCUCCGUAGACACCGGGCGGCGAGCAAGCUUAGGUGACCUGAAGUCCUUCGCCACGAGCUGGGCCUUCAAAGUGCAGACCAGCGCCUCCUGGUCAGGUGUGGCCUACGACGCCACCGCGGCGGCGCUGCCGCGGGUGGAGAGCUGCGAGGCGAUCGAGGUGAUUCUCUGCGCGGAGAGCGAUGCUUGGGUGGGAGCCGAAAGUGAGGCUCAGGAACGUCUCAUCGCAGUGCUGGCCCUCGGGUUGCAAGCCGCAGCCUUGGGACGAGGCAUCUACCUGGCCUGGAAGUCUCGCAGCUGGUUCUGCGCAGGUCUGAGGGGCAUCGUCUCCAAAAGCAGAGAUGCCUUCCGCACCUCCAGAGAUGCCGAUGAAGCGCAGCGGAUCGAAAGUGAGGUCCGUCAGCGGAAGCUUCAGUUCGCACAGUGGCUUUUUGCAGCACUUCUUUGCUUGGCUCUGGUCAUUCUUUACACCCUCCAGUGGAGAUUGCGCCGGGGCUUCAGGAGCACAGAGAUGCAGCGGAUGGUGUUUUGGUGUGUUCUGGCGGGUGCAAUGCCAAUGACUCUACGCCUCUAUGUGCCCCAAAUGCUCUCAGCAUCAUCCCUCAAUGGGUGGUACGUCUUCUCAAUGAUCCUUUGUUUCGUGUGUUUGACACCUCUGGGAACCAAAGCUCAGCAAGUGGUUGGAUUCUCCUUCUUCUGGAUCACCUUUCUUCGAGUGCCCGCCUCCAGCUUCGCCCCGCGCAUGUCGCUGGUCUUGCUCUCGAACCUUGCCAUUUCCAUCCUCGUGUGCGUGCGCUACAGUGCCGUCACGCCCGCGAACGGCCGCGAUGCCGCGCUCUUCAUCGAAAUUAGCGGCUCGGUCUUCGCGAUCUUCGCCUGGCUGGCGGUGCAAGUGGCGCUGACCUCGAAGGUGGAGCAACAGAUCGACCACACCAAACUGGCCACCGAACUCAAUGCGGCCAAAUCGCUUCUCCGCAUGACCUGCGAUGCGGUCGUGGAGCUUGGGGAAGAUCUCUGUCUCACCGAGGACAGCCCCGAGUUGAGCAUUCUCCUGUUGAGGGGUGCGGGGUCAGGGACACUGAAGGGGGUGCCCAUCAUUGAUCUCAUGGCCUCGGGAGAGGCGGAGCGAGUCACUGAGCUUCUCUCAAGCUCUGCUGCAUUAGAUGCACCCGUGGACGGCACCCCACAGCCCUAUGUGGCCAAUGUCUUCAAUACUCAGUUGCAAGACAGCUGCGGCAGCAAAUUCAGCACAGAAGUCUUUCAUGUGCGCUACAAGAAGCUGGAUGGCGACUGUGGGCACCUCAUCGGCCUCCGCGACUUCACCGACCAGGGCGCCUUAGCCACGCGCGGCGGCGCCUCGCCGAGCCCCAGCGCCUCGGCGGCGGCAUCGCCCGCGGUGUCGCUGCAGCCGGACGCGGCGGCGUCCAGUCGAAUGGCAGCGGAGGAGAUUCUGAGGCUGCCCGGGCCGCCGCAGGUGCCGCAGGUGCCGCAGCCAGUGCCGCAGCCGGUGCCGCAGCAGGUGCCGCAAGCCGGUGAAGCAGCCACCAGCGCCAGCUCCGGAAGUGACUCACAGAACUUGAUGCUGCUCGAACUGGACAUGGAGACGAUGAUCUUCAGCGCGGCAUCGUGUGGUUUGGGUUUCAUGGCUGGAAGGAGCCUUCGGGAGGCCAGCAACGAGGAAGGCAUUGAUUUGUUGACGCAGACGGCGAGUCAAGUCCUGUCACUCGAGAGAAAGGGCCUUCUGACGGCGCAUUUCUUUCCCUUUGGGAAUUUGGAGUUGAGAUGGGGGACAUCUAUCUUGCACCGGAGCUUGAUUCACGGUACCAUGGAGAUCUUGCGCAGCACUUCGGGUGGUCUUCGACUCGUGCUGUGCUUUUCCUGGCCGAGCGGCCCGCGAGCGAUCCGCCGCUCCACCCGCGAGUCCCGCGAGGGGUCGCCCCGCCACCGGGAGUCCCGCGACGGACGGGACGAGCGCCGGGGGCACGGCUUCAACCGGCAGCGCUUGCCGACGGGACGUACAGGUACCGCGGCGACGGGAGUGGGGCAUUCCUCGCUGUAG